AUGUUCUCCGUCGUGAUUCCCGGCCGGCCGUGUCUGACCGACAUCGUCGCGGUCGACGGCCAACCAAACGGCCAAGCCACCAAAUUCGCCUUCACGAUCCCUCUCAGCCCCUCUUUCGCCGAACUUGUGGUCUUCCUCCUUCCCGGCACCGUUCUCCCACCCAACACCGGUGCGGCCAUCUAUAUCCAGUUCCCAGAUCCCCAAGGCAACCCAGGCGAAUUCCGCUUCAUCGGCGCGCUCGCCAACGAAAAGCCCUCUGGCAUCUUCACCGUGCGUCCGCCCACGAACCCCGCCAGCACUGAGGCCGAACAAGAAGAUGCAAUGCUCGACGAAGGCACGAGCACCACCGGUGUCGCCACCCUAGGCAUCUCGAUUGAGCCGGCACAGAACAUUGCGCCGCAGCUGGCCGCGCUGGAGGCAGAGCGCACACCGGCGCAAUCCACUGCGCUGGUCCACCAGACGCCGGAGCAGCGCUUGCAGCGGGGAAUCUCGACAAAGGUGCUUGCGCAGCGCAUCAUCGGCAGUGCGUUCAAUUUCCUGGCAAGCUUUGCCGAGUCGGAUCCCAGCAACAAAGGGCACGACGUGGUGCCGCUGAAGAGCUUCCAGGACUGGUGGACCAAGUUCGAGCGACGGGUCACGAUCGAUCCAACAUUUCUGGAGCGCGAGGAUCCGAAUGCGACGUGA